AGUGUUCAAAGUGAUGUAGAAUAAACGAAAAUUAUUUUAAAAAAAUAAAACUGGAAAACAACGUUUUUACGAAACAUUCUUUUUCAUACUGAACGAAUUUAAUACAAAAUUACAACUUUCUGUUUUACAAUUGUGCUACUAAAAUCCAAUUAAAAGGAAAUUAACAAAUUUAAAUAAGUUUAAGUUUCUUAAAGAUAUAAUAAAAGAGCAAAUGUAUCUAGUUUGACGAUAUGUAGCCAAAUCAAAGUUCCAGAAAUCAAGUUCAAUUGUGAUAUUUGUAAAAUGUGAUAUUUAAAAGAUCUUAUUCUCUCUUUGAUGUUGAUGCAGAAUUUUUUUAAUAGGUUAAAGAAAAUAUUUAGUAUUUGAUUGCAUUUUAGUAGACUAUUAAUUAAGCCAAAUGAAAUUUAAAAAGUAAUGUUAUCAGUAAACUUAUUUACUAGAGAUUAAAUUAAUAUAAAGACCAUUAAUAAAUAUUUCUCACGAACUACCUCAAUAUUUGAUAAUAUAUAAAAGCUUUUAUAUUAAACAAAAACUAUAAAUUUUGACAAAAUAAAAUUCAUUUGACGUUGGAUACGCGGUCGAGCUACAACCAUUCAAUACUUAAUAAAUAGAAAACAACAUAAAAGAGUGUUAAAAUUACAAAAACAAUAUAAUUAAAUUUAAACAAACAACAAAAAAUCUCAUAAAAGAACUUUUAAUAUAUAAUUUCUAUAUAUAAAAAAUGAUUUUUAAAAAAUCUCUUUUAAUUGUAUAUAUAAUACAAACAACAAGUGUGUUGAUGAUAUACAGUAAAACUGUCGAAAAUUUAAGUUAUAAUCCGGACAAUAAUGAUACCACCUGGGAGGAGUAUUAUACCUAUUCCGAACAACUCAACAAUAAGCCCUCAUGGUCAGUAGUGUUUGAGGAGUACAACAUCAACAUGACAAUGACACAAAAACGUUCGAUGUUAAUCAAUAUAACAUUUAUAGAUCCCACCUGGGGGCAAGAAUUUGAAUUUCAUAUUAUACCACAAGAUAAGGAAUUGCUUAGUUUGUCCGAUAACAUAAUAACAGCACACGAUAUAGAAACCGGCCAGUCAUGGUGGAGUGGCAACAUUACAAUGGAAGCUAUAUUUCUGGGUCGUUCGGAAAUCUAUGUUGAAUUACGCAGACCUCAUAAGCCCACGGAAAGAUCAGCAGAAAAUACUGAAGUUAUUAUUAUGCGUAAUAUAGGCAAAUGGGAUUUGCUGUUCAAUAUAUGCGUGGGCAUAUUUGUCAUGUUGUUGUAUAUAAAUUUUGGUGCAGUUUUGGAAUUGGAUGCUUUAAAGGCGAUACUUAUAAAACCUAUAGGUCCUGCAAUAGGUUUCAUAGGACAAUUUCUUGUCAUGCCUGUUUUGAGUUUUUUAAUUGGUUACUUUUUAUUCCACGAUAUGAUCGAAUUAAGAUUGGGCCUAUUUUUUACGGGCUCUACUCCCGGCGGCGGUGCUUCUAAUAUUUUUACGGUUAUUUUAAAUGGUAAUCUUAAUUUAUCUAUUACCAUGACGGCUAUUAGUAAUUUAGCUGCCUUUGGCAUGAUGCCUAUAUGGAUUUUUACUUUGGGUGCUUUAAUAUUUCAUGAUGGUAAUCUAGUGGUACCGUAUAAGACUAUUGCAGCUAUGUCGUUUUCUUUGGUGGUUCCUUUGGGUAUUGGCAUAGCGUUGCAGCAUUAUGCUCCGUCGGUAGCUAAGAAAAUGGCGAAGAUUUUAAAACCGUUAUCAUUGUGUUUUAUAUUGUUUAUAACGGCUUUUGCAUUUACGGUUAAUUCGUAUAUGUUUAAAUUGUUUUCGUGGAAGAUAAUUUUCGCCAGCAGCGCCUUACCCUGGAUAGGUUAUUUAAUCGGUUGGACUAUGGCUCUAAUGUGCCGUCAAUCAGCUCGUGAUGCCUUAACUAUAGCCAUUGAAACGGGCAUACAAAAUACCGGCAUAGCGAUAUUUAUGUUAAGUUUUACAUUACCUCAACCGCAAGCUGAUAUGACAAGUGCAGUACCGGUGGCCAAUUCAAUGAUGACACCAUUACCUUUACUCUUACUGUACAUAAUAAAGAAAAUCUUUUGUCGCACCAGUAUUGAGGACACAGAAGAGCCGGGUAUAAAGGCUACAAAGUUUACUGAAACAAAAGCUAUAGUAGAAAAGGACCAGCAGUGGGAAGAUACGAAAGCAGCUAACAAAACGUGAUUUAAUGUUAAUUUAACAAAUAGUAUUUUUUGUUGUUAAGUCUAUAGUUUAAAACUAUUUUAUACUUUUUGUAAUUUAAGGAAAACAUUAGAAAAAAUAGUUAAUUAUUUGAACAAAAUAUCAUUAAGAAAUGUUUUAUUUCUACAUAUGUAUGUAUGUAUGUAUUACAAACUUACAAUGCAGAGCUAUAAUAAAGUAAAAAAGUUUCUUUAUAAAAAUAAACAAUUUAAAUUAAAUUAUAGCAGACAUUUUAUUAUCUUUAAGGUACUUUUGUUAUCGUUAACUUAUAACCAUUAAAAAUCAGUCGUAGUUUUUGAAAAAAAAAAA